CAUAUGGAACAUAUACUGAAAUGGGAACUAAGUUAUCACGUGGCCGUCAGAGCACGCACCUUGCUCCCUAUGCAGCACCAUUCACAUGCUCUGCCUCUGACGCACGUGUUUCCUUCUCUCAUAGAAUAUUUAAUGUGACUCGUCUAUUAAAACGGGGGAUAGAAAUUAAGCACUAAGCAUUUUUCCUGCGUGCACGACGCAAUUUUGUUUCUACUGUGCAUUUUAAUGUAACAAUGUCGUUCUUUCCGCACCUUUUCUUCAGACACGCAUUAUGGUGUGCAAUCAAGCAAAGUACUUGCAUUACAUGGACAAGCUCAUUUUAGUGGACAAAAAGCGAAUUAAGGUGUACGACAAAUUCGAAGAUUUGAUAAACGACCCAAAGUCACCGCAAAACUUCCGUGAAGCUCUUCAAGGUCGAACGACACGCCUCCUCACAAAAAAUGAAACAUACGCUGAGAAAAUGGAAGAAAACGACGUAGUUGGAAGGAUAACUGGGGAAGAGUUGGGACAGUCAAGCAAGACAGGAUGGUGGUUGCUGUGUAGCCUCCUCCGCCUCACAGAAUGGCCUGCAGUCACGGGAGUCCUCAUGUUCGUAGCAGCUGCCUGUGCCUUUGCUACACAGCAGCUGUGGAUCAAGUGGGGUACGGAUGCAGCGGCAGAUGGCGGUACUACCGCCCUUCCCUCUGCGCAGCUCCCCUGGGUGCCAAUUCUCGUGGCACUGUGCUUGGUAGACGUGGCCUUCCGUGUCGCUGGAAGUAUGCUGUUAGCCCUGUCUGCGCAGCGUCUUUCUCGGUCACUGCACAACGACAUGCUGGGUCACGUGCUGCAGAGCCCAGUUACCUUCUUCGACGAGUCGCCCCGGGGCCGCAUCCUGAACCGCUUCUCUGCCGACAUUGAUUACGCUGACUCACGCGCUUUCCUCAGUGGCAAGCAGAGUGUUCAGAACACGCUCCUCACCUUCGCCAAGAUCGCCAUUGUUGGCACGCAGGCGCCCGUUGUGGUCGGCAUCACACUUCUUGUCGCCGUGCUGGUAUGCUACGGACUGUUUGCCGCCGUGCGGGCAUCGCACCACUGCCGCUACUUCGAGAGCCUGGCCAUGUCCCGCUUACUGCAGCACGCGACCGAAACCGUGGAUGCACUGAGUAGCGUCCGGUCAUACGGCGUGGCGGACAGGUUUGCGAGCCACUUCUACCGCCUGACAGACGAGGUCAUGCGGGGCUACGAUUGCUUCGGAGCCACUUACGCAUUCGUGCGCACGGUGACGGCUGUGGCUGGAUUCGUGGUUGUCAUGUGCACCCUGCUAACCACCGUCGUCUUCGCUGGCCCCGGUGGACCUGACCCAGGCAGUCUAGGCCUGGCGCUCAGCUCUGCGUGCUCGGUUCCUCUGUCGCUGAUGUCACUGUGCGUGAUGCUGUUCAACGUUCUUCAAAUGAUUGUCUCCUUCGAACGCUGUGUGGAGUACACUGAGCUCCCUCCAGAGAGUGACGUCCCGAGAAAGACCAAUGAGAGAAAAGUGCCACCAAUGGAGUCCCUGGCUGGUUGGCCAAGUGCCGGAAUGAUUCAGUUGCAAAAUUACUCGGCUUCGUAUCGCCCUGGUGUACUUCCCGACGUACUCAAGGACGUCACAUUCGUCGUCAAGCCUGUAGAAAAGGUAGGAGUGGUGGGCCGCACCGGUGCUGGCAAGUCCUCCCUUGUUCUCGCACUUCUGCGCAUGCUCAGGCCGUCCGAAGGCCAAAUCCUCAUCGAUGGCGUCAACAUCGCUAACGUGCCACUUCGCAAGCUGCGCAGGAGUAUCACCGUCAUCCCACAGACGCCCGUCCAUGUCGAGGUCAUGGGCGAGCCCAGAUGCGUGCCCGCGCGCUCGCUGUACCAGCCGUGCCGGUUCCACCAGGAGUGCAACCACACCAUCAGUGCGAUGCGCUGCGUAGAGAGUCUGUGCCUGUGCCCGACGCCCUUCGAGUCCACAGCCAAAGGAGGAUGCACCGCGCUGCUUAGUGCAGUAGCAUAG